CUCUGCUCUGCUCUGCUGGCGCAUGCCUCCAGCAAAGCAAACACCAAGACCAGUGGAAGCCGAGCUGGUCGUCGUUCUCUUCUCUUCCACUUCUGCCCCCUCCCUCCAUCUCUCUACAAAUCUCUCGCCCCCUUCCCACUCUCUCUCCACCAUUCUCCCUCUCCUGCACGCGCUCCUAGUUUCCACCGGACUGCACGCGCGCGCACGGUUCGAUCCGGUUCCAGCCAGCAGCAUGGCCGAGGGGGCGAAGCAGGAGGCCGCGGCGGUUGCCCAGGUGGUCGCGCCGGAGGCGGACAGCAAGGUGGUGGAGGAGAAGGCCGUCGAGGUGGUGGAGGAGAAGGCUGACGAGGUAGCGGCGGCGGCGGCGGAGGAGGAGGAGGAGGAGGAGAAGAAGAUGGAGGAGGCGGAGGCGGAGGCGGAGGCCGGGGCGGUCAUCGAGGGCACCACCGCGUCCUUCAAGGAGGAGAGCAACCUCGUCGCCGACCUCGCCGACCCCGAGCAGAAGGCGCUCGCCCAGCUCAAGGAGCUCGUCGCCGCCGCGCUCGCCAGCGGGGAGUUCGACCUGCCCCCGCCCCCGCCUCCGCCCGCUCCGGCGGCAGAGGAGCCGGCCAAGGAGGAGGAGGCGGCGGCGGCCAAGAGCGAUGUGGCGGCCGAGGUUGGUGAGGCGCCGAAGACUGAGGUGGCGGCCGCGAGCGAGCCCAAGGCCGAGGAGCCUGCCAAGGAGGAGCCCAAGACGGAAGCGCCGGCCCAGGAGGAGCCCAAGGCUGAGGAGCCUGCCAAGGUGGAGCCCAAGGCCGAGGAGGCACCACCGGCGGCGGUGGCUGUCGUGGAGGAGCCCAAGGCUGAGGCACCGGCGGCGGUGGCUGCCGCGGAGGAGCCCAAGCCUGAGGUGGUGGCCGAGGAGGCAGGCGCCAAAACCGUGGAGGCCAUCGAGGAGACCGUCGUCCCCGCCGCGCCCGAGCCGAAGGAGGAGCUGAUCUGGGGCGUGCCGCUGGUGGGCGGGGACGAGCGCACGGACACGGUGCUCCUCAAGUUCCUCCGCGCGCGCGAGUUCAAGGUGAAGGAGGCCAUGGCGAUGCUCAAGGCGGCCGUGCUGUGGCGCAAGAGCUUCGGCAUCGACGCGCUCCUCGACGCCGACCUCGGCGUGCCGGAGCUGGAGAACGUGGUGUUCUACCGCGGCGCAGACCGCGAGGGCCACCCCGUCUGCUACAACGUCUACAGCGAGUUCCAGGACAAGGACCUCUACGAGAAGGCCUUCGGCGACGACGAGAAGCGGGAGCGCUUCCUCAAGUGGCGCAUCCAGCUCCUCGAGCGCGGCAUCCGGGAGCAGCUGGACUUCUCGCCCAGCGGCAUCUGCUCCAUGGUGCAGGUCACCGACCUCAAGAACUCGCCGCCCAUGCUUGGCAAGCACCGUGCCGUCACCCGCCAGGCGCUCGCGCUGCUCCAGGACAACUACCCCGAGUUCAUCGCCAAGAAGGUGUUCAUCAAUGUGCCAUGGUGGUAUCUUGCGGCAAACAAGGUGAUGAGCCCGUUCCUCACACAGCGCACCAAGAGCAAAUUCACAUUUUGCGGCCCAGCCAAGACUGCAGAGACCCUUUUCAGAUACAUCGCGCCUGAGCAAGUCCCUGUCCAAUUUGGUGGUCUCUUCAAGGAGGAUGAUACUGAAUUCUCGACUUCUGAUGGCGUCACUGAGCUCACUGUCAAGCCUUCUUCCAAAGAAACUAUCGAGAUUCCUGCUACUGAGAACUCCACGGUCGUGUGGGAGCUCCGCGUGCUUGGAUGGGAGGUGAGCUACGGCGUGGAGUUCACCCCCGACGCAGAGGGUGGCUACACGGUCAUCGUGCAGAAGACGAGGAAGGUGCCCGCCAAUGAGGAACCGAUCAUGAAGGGUAGCUUCAAAGCAAGCGAGCCUGGCAAGGUCUUGCUUACCGUCAACAACCCAACAUCGAAGAAGAAGAAGCUGCUGUGCCGAUUCAAGGUCAAGAGCUCCACCGAAUCCGCCUGAGGCUCCUCAACUGAUACUAUCGCCAACCAGGUCCAUACCACCACCAUUUGAACAUUGUUGCAUGAUAGAAGGGGGAACAAUAAGAUUUUAGCUGUCCGUUUUGGCGUCGGGUUCUUUAAUUUGUUGGGCUUGCUGUUUUUUGGGGAUCAGACUUGCGUGUGCGUUUACUUGAAACCAAAGUGGGCUUGUGCUAUGAGAUAGCUGGGAUCAGAAGGUGGGGAAAAUAUUGAGAUAGUGAUGGUUCUUGCCAUCAGGAUGUGCCGAACAAGUGUCGCUGAUCUGUAAAAAAUUCUGUCUGUACAUGGUAUCCGUUGAUUCUCUUUCAUCUGCAUGUCGAUUUUUAGAAAA